CGAUAAAAAGAUAAAAAGUAAGUCGUUGUCUAUGGUCGGUGGCUAAACAAUAUGGCGGCGGAUGCACGCUUCUAUAUAAAUAACGUAAAAGUGUUAGUUUUUGUGAGAAUUAAGUGAUAAUAUUAAUGUAUAUAAGUUAAAUUUAGUGAUAACAUGGCGGCAAAAACGUGGAAAAUCGAGAAAGACCUGUGUCGGUGCUGUCAUGCUGAAGGCACCUUUGACAAUUUGGCGGAGCCGCGUACGUUUUUAGAAAAAGAAGAAGUCUAUACAGAUAUGCUUAGAGAAUGCCUUGAUGUCGAUAUUCCACCGGUGCCGGGUGAGCUGUGCGCCAUCACGUACACAAUAUGCACGGCAUGCAUCACCCGGUUGCGGGACGCGUGCAACUUCAAGAAGCAAGUGCAGGACUGCGAGCAGAGGUUCAUGACCAUGUACUACAAAAACGCUAUCCAAGGCGUGAAACCGGAGACAGUUGUGAAGGAGGAGCUGGAGGUGUCCUUGGAGCUGCAGCAGUCGGAAGACGAGAUAUUGGUUCUAAAGAAGGAAGAAGAAGAUGAUGAUGAAGACGCUUUGAUGGACUUCACCAAUGAUGAUGACGACUUGAGUGACGACUUCCCCAUCAAAAGACCGACAACGAGCACGAAGACAAGAUCAAAAGCGAAGCCUAAGCCGAAACCGUCUCCGGUGAAGAAGGAGAAACCUCCACCAAAGAAGAAGGUCGAGGCGAAGCCGGUGAAGGAGAAAAAAG